AUGAGACUAUCAUCAAUCUUUCUCGCCGGGGGCUCCUUAGCUGCUCUGAUCAAACUCGACAAUGCUAUUCUGAACGACAUUGCCACGGGAAUAUCUAACGGUAUCGUUUCUGCCCACAAUAGCAACAUUGACGAUGAUGUUGCCAGCAAACAGGUAGAAACUCUGGUCAAUCUUUUGCUGGGAAACUCAGACCUCCAACCCGCCUUCACCGCCGCUCUCGAAAACACCGUCAAGUUCAAGUGGAGUGCGGCGCUUAUCCCUCCCUUUGUUUCCCUCAUCCAGGAUACCAUUGCCAAAUACGAGGAGAGUUCCGAUUACGUCAGCGCCACCAACUUGGUUUCCUCCAUCAUCACCAACUACAACCCGUCGCUGGCCAUCCAUCUGGCUUCUAUAAACGUUGCUACGUGGUACGGCCUUCUAAGCGGUGCAAUUGGAGGGUUUGCAACAGAACCCGCCGCUUCCCGGGCUCUUGUCACUCUUUUGGAGGUGGUCACUUCUUUGGAGUGUCAGUUGGGAUUCAUUAGUUCUGAGUGUCCGGUUUCGUCUGUUGUUUCGGUUUCUUCGGUGAAAGAGCCCGUGACUUCUUCAUCGGUUUCUUCGGCGAAAAAGCCCGUCGCUCCUUCAUCGGUUUCUUCGGUAAAAGAGCCCGUGACUUCUUCAUCGGUUUCUUCGGCGAAAAAGCCCGUGACUCCUUUGUCGGUUUCUUCGGCGAAAGAGCCCGUGACUUCUUCAUCGGUUUCUUCGGCGAAAAAGCCCGUGACUCCUUUGUCGGUUUCUUCGGCGAAAGAGCCCGCCACUCCUUUGUCGGUUUCUUCCUCGGAAGAGCAAGUCACUCUUUUGUCGGUUUCUUCCGUACCUUCGUCGGUCUCGUCUGUCUCCUCCGUAUCUGCGCCUGUCACUCCACUCCCCGCUUCUUCAUCGAUCCCUCCGUCCGCCUCCGUUCAAACUGGAACCGCUGUAGAGUCCGACUCCCCUGAAUCUGACUCUACCGCCAACAGUGUCACCAGUCAAGGCCAUGGUGAGGGCGAGGAAACACAGUCAACAGAUCCGAAGGACCAAGCCUCGGAAAAAACUUCAGACAAGACAACAGGUUCCUCAACCGAGUCGACCAAAGCGACAGACAUUUCCAGUGCCAAUUCGGAUGUCAACUCGAAUGUGAACUCGAAUGUGAACUCGAAUGCCAACACCAACACCAACUCCAACUACAACUCCACCGCUCUGACUACUCCGGUACAGCGAACCAACUCCAUCAUCACCAAAACGGUCACUUUCUGCGACUCGGACGGAUGUAUCACUCCUGUCGUGGUUCUCUCGACCAAUGUGCCCGUCAAUGCCACCUCCACCACUCUGGUGACUGUUUGUGAUGCCUGCAAGGGCAAGACCGUGACCAUUACUGUUCCAUGUGACACUGAGGCUUCAGGUGAGGCUUCAGGAGAGGUUUCAGGUGAGGCUUCAGCUGAGUCUUCUGUAAAGACUUCAGUUGAGACUCCAGUUAAGACUCCAGUUGCUCAAGCUGCCGCCAAAUCAGUUCCAGCUCCGGCCCCUAAAAAGUCGCCCGCUCAAGUCCCUGAAAAGUCGCCCGCUCAAGCCCCUGAAAAGUCGUCUGCUCAAGUCCCUGAAAAGUCGCCUGCUCAAGUCCCUGAAAAGUCGCCCGCUCAAGCUGAAAAGUCGCCCGCUCAAGUCCCUGAAAAGUCGCCCGCUCAAGCUGAAAAGUCGCCCGCUCAAGCUGAAAAGUCGCCCGCUCAAGCUGAAAAGUCGCCCGCUCAAGUCCCUGAAAAGUCGCCCGCUCAAGCUGAAAAGUCGCCCGCUCAAGCUGAAAAGUCGCCCGCUCAAGCUGAAAAGUCGCCCGCUCAAGCUGAAAAGUCGCCCGCUCAAGCUCCCGCCCCGGCCCAACUCCCCAAACAGGCCAACUCGGCUGUUUCCCGUGCCGCUCCGAGACUGGCCAUGGCGCUGGGAGCCGCCGCUUUUUUGUUGUAA